AACAAAAAAAAUCGACUUUAUUGUUGACCCACAUCCUGCUAAUCUCGGGUUAAGGUGAAAUGGGAAUUUCUAAUACAAAGUUCAAUUCUAGAAUAUUCAUCAAUAAUGAUGAAAUUCCUGAGAUCUUGGCUCUCAAAGGGAGGAUUCCAAUGGGUGAAGAGUCGAGUGGUCAAAUAUUGAGUCAUGCAUGCUCAACCACUUAUUCUUUAGAUGAAGAAUUCUUAGUGGCUUUUAUACGAAAAACUAUUAUUGAGAUUAAAGACUGCCAAAAUGUGGUGACUUGUGUGACUCUUGCAAAAAUCACACAUAUUGAAUCUACAAGUAAUUGGUAUUACAAGAGUUGCAACACUUGCACAACUGGAGUUGUGUCUGAUUUUGGAAUUUGGUAUUGCAGAAAUUGUGAGAAACGAAUGAAGAAUCCUCGAAUCAGGUAUUGCAUUCAAGUUAGAGUAGUUGAUGAAACUGAUGCAGCUUCCUUAAUUCUCUUUGACUCUGCUGCUUUGGAUUGUCUAAAAAAAUCAGCUUCUGAAUUGCAUGAUUUGCAUUUGAAAAGGGGUGGUGAUCAAGAGAAAUAUCCUGAAGAGCUAGAUGUUUUGAAGAAUAGGAAAAUUAUAUUUAGAGUCAACAUAAAGAAACAUAACAUCAAUUCUUUUGAAGAAACUGCUUACCAUGUUGGGAAGGUGUGCUGUGAUGAUAACAUUAUUUUGGCCUUUUUGAAUUCCAACAAACCAUCAGGGGAGUCAUUUGAACUUCAAAAUUAUUCAUUUGAUGGUGACUUCAAUAAUACAGGAAAAGAAAAGAUUGUGAUGGAGGAAAAUUCUCACAUUGGUGAUAAUGAGGAUCCACCGAAUGAUGUCCAAUCUUCAUUAAAGAGGAGUUUUAAUUGUGAGUCCAUGGAAGGAGAAUCUGAUGACCUAUUGCAGCAUUCUUCAACCAAGAUGAAGAAGAUUAUAAAGAUUGAGAAAGACUAAUGUUCAUGCUGCAGAUAUGAUAAACAUAUUUUGAAUUGUGGGAUGAACUUUCUACUGAAGUUGUACUUUUUUAUGGGACCUUAAUUUGAGGUGUUGUUUGUUUUGUUUAGUUGUUUUGUGUAUUGGCUUCCAUAAGACAUUUUUCUAUUAUUAAUGUUUUGAAAAUGGUAAUGAAAUCUAUGUUAAUUU